UUUAUAGCUACGUGCUCGUGCACUGUGUUUUUGCAUAUUGUUUAAAUAAUAUGCCUUUACUAUGACUUUUAAUCUAGUCAAAUCGUGGGACAAACCACAACCAAUCGCUUUAAUGGGUUAACUUAAGGGUUGUGCACAUAUUUUUCCCGUUGCUGAGGAAAACUAUGGCAUCGUCGGAAGUCAACAUAAAAAACAUAAACAAUUUGCGGCAAACACAAUGCUUACGCAAAACAUUAAAAUGCAACAUCUUCAUAUGUGUUUGCUCUGCUUAAUUGCAUUAGCGAUACUUUCAUAUUUCGUUCAUCAGCGGCCUUCCUGGGUAACUGAUUAUAAAAAAGCAGUUAACUAUAAUGAGGCCCAACCUUGGAGAACCCCGCUUUACAUCGUCGUGGUCUGCUGCGGUCAAAGAGUCCAAGAGACUCUUGUUAUGAUCAAAUCGGCCAUUCUGUUUAAUUAUGACGAAGAGUAUCUUAAAUUUGUGAUCUUCACUGAGGAUGGAAAGGGUGAUGAGUUCCGAGAAAAGUUGACAGACUGGCGGGAUAUCAAACCAUUUACAUUUGACUUUGAGAUCUUGCCAUUAAAGUUUCCGAGUGGCAAUGAAGCCGAAUGGAAGAAUCUCUUCAAACCCUGCGCAGCCCAACGUUUAUUUUUGCCGUCAUUACUAACGAAUGUAGACUCAUUGCUGUAUGUUGACACGGAUAUACUGUUUUUGUCACCCAUCUCCGAUAUCUGGCGAUUCUUCAAGAAGUUCAAUGAGACUCAAAUGUCCGCACUGACACCCGAGCACGAAAACGAGAAUAUUGGAUGGUACAAUCGCUUUGCACGACAUCCGUUCUACGGCCGACUUGGCGUUAAUUCCGGCGUCAUGCUAAUGAAUCUCACACGAAUGAGGGAAAUGAAAUGGGAACAACAUAUAUUGUCUAUUCACAAGGAGUACAAGCUACGCAUUAUUUGGGGAGACCAAGACAUUAUCAAUAUACUGUUCUAUUAUCAUCCUGAUAAGCUGUACAUCAUGCCAUGCGAAUAUAACUACCGUCCAGAUCACUGCAUGUACAUGAGCAUUUGCAACAUGUCUCACGCUGGCGUCAAAGUAAUCCACGGAAAUCGCGGGUACUUCCACUCAGAUAGGCAGCCUCUCUUCAAGUCUAUUUACGAGGCUAUGGAGAACUACCAACUGGGCUCUAAUGCCAACACCGAUUUCUUAAUGCCCUUACAUGCAGCACUCAGUAUACCAUCCGUCAAUAACUCAAGCUGUGGAAAAAUAUCAAACGAAGUGUUAAAAGUGGCGAAUACAGUUAUAAGUAAUAGGUACAGGGAAGUUUAGCAGUAGUACAUGUAUUGUAAUAUAGAAUAUUAUUAGAAAAUUCAACUGUAGGAUUUGUAUCGAAAUAUAAAUAAGUCAUAGGUUUUAAUGAAUUUCCCAUGUUUAUAUAUACGCAAUAAAAAUGUAUA